AUGGAGUCAGAAAUAAGCAUUGGUAAUCUGGAAUCUACUGAUUUGGUCAGCGAAAGACGUCAGCGUAUGUUGGCACGGUUGGAAGCACGUCAUACACGGGAUACAGUUGCGAUGAAAAAAUUAUCUGCUGAUACAGCAGAUUUUGAUAAAUUGCUAGCAAAAGCUACACGUGUAGUGAAUUCUUCAGAACUAAAUACUGAGCCUGAACUUUUGCAUGAAUUGGAAACCGCCCUUACGCUAAUUCCACCUGGCCGUCAGUCACUUCGUCUAAAACAAGCCUUGAAUAUGCUACGCAGUCGAAUGCAAGAGCAAAUUGGAUUGGGGCAUCAGCAAUCAGUAUUUUCAUUUAGCACCAGAAAAGAAAAUGCUGCCGAAUCAAAAGUACAAAAAGCAGCAAUUGUCAAAUGUAGUCCGCUUGGUCCUACUCAGGCAAUAGCUCAAUCACUAAUGCGAAAGUCGAUUACAGUAACUGCCGAGCAUGGAAAGGAAUUAGUAGUGGAAGGUGAUGAUGAUGAAGAAGUUAUGAUCGACAAUGUCACUAGUUCUGUGAUCCGUGUUCCGUUCAAAGCAUCGGCUGUACAUAUGAAAUCCGUGAAGCACAGCACCCUAAUUUUCGCACCAAUUAAAACUUCUCUUCUUAUACGGGACUGUGAGAAUUUGACAGUUGCAGUCGCUGCGCAACAAGUAAGAAUCCAUGAUAGCCAUCAGAUCCGGCUCUACAUUGAGGUACGCGGGGCUUUGAUAAUUGAAGACUGUGAUGGAAUAGAAGUUGCACCAUAUAACGUCAUUGGCUUUCAACAAGAUGUACAAAAUAACAAGUGGUGUAACGUACAGGAUUUCAGUUGGCUUUCUUCGGAGGAACAUAGUCCAAAUUGGAAAAUCAUGAAAGAAAACACAACAAAAUGUUUUACUCUAUAA